AUGCAUCUUUUCUUCAACGAUAAAGAAAUCGAAAACAAGCUUGCCUUCAUCUUCAAGCCAAAGAAAUAUUGUUACUCCGUUUCUGAAUUAGGAUAUGGUAAAUUAAAUUUGGAUGAAAUGAUAUCUCCUAGAAUGAUGUUUUAACACUAGUAAGUUGAAAGGACAGAUUUUUAAGUAUAGAAUCUCAGAAAAGAAAAACUUUAAUGCUCUAUUUACUCAAACAACUUAGUUUAAUCUAAAUCUGUUGCUGUUGUUUAUUUGCAUGGUAAUGCAGGAACUCGUUUAGAUUCAGUGCCAGCUGUCAAGCAUAUUGUCAGCAAAUUAGGAGUUGAUUUGUGUAGCUUUGACUUUAGUGGAUGUGGGAGAAGUGAAGGUGAUUUUGUUACAUUAGGUAUAAAAGAGCAAGAUGACCUGCAAGUAGUUUUAGAAACCCUUGUUUCUAAAUACAACUAUCAAAAGUUUAUUUUGUAUGGUAGAUCUAUGGGAGGAGUAACAUCUCUACUUUACAGUGCAAAUAGACCAUUUGCUUAAAAGCACGUUAUAGCUAUAAUUGUAGACUCUCCUUUUUGCUCAUUAAAAUAGUUGGCUACUGAAAUAGCAGAUGAUAAAAUGGCAUUCCUAGGUGGAUUUAUUGCAGAAAUGAGCUUUGAAUACAUAAGAGAAUUAGUUAAAAAGAUGACUCAUGGAAGUGAUAUAUUUUCUCUUGAAGUUGAUAAGCAAGUGAGUAGAUGCACCCAGUUUCCUGCUUUGUUCUGCUAUUCUCACGAAGAUAAACUCAUCAAGUACACUCAUUCUGAAAAGCUAAUUUCGAAAUACGGAGGAAAAUCUUCAUCAUUCAUAUUCUCAGGAGACCAUAACGCUUUUCGUGAUGAAAAUUAUUUCGAUAAUAUAAUCAAUUUUAUUAAGGAUAUUCUAGCAUCUAAUAAGAUAAUGAUUACUUUUAAUCAAAAACUAGAAACAUCUACUACUACUCCAAAAUCAUCAUCUUCUGCUGCUACUUCAGCUCUUUAUAAAUUCCCUAUAUCAGUCUCCCAAAGCACUAAUAGCAUCAAGCCUAUGCACCUUUAAAAAAACCAUCUAGCUGAAAAGUCUCAUACAUUUGAAUAAACCUACAAUAAAGGUCAUCAUAUUACAACUUUGAAUGAAGGUAGUUCACCUAUUUCGAAUAAUAAAAAUCAAUAGCAUAAUAACAUAUCUAUCAAUUAGUUAAAGCAUAGAAAUAUUUUUAAUCUUUCAACAAAUCACACAGGACAGUCAGAGGGAUAAAAUCAAGUAUAAAGUAAACACCACUAAAAUAAUUUACAUAAAUAGCAAUCUCUACCUGUUUAGUUAAAUCCUGCUGCAGGAUAGCCAGAUAAGCAAGAUCAUCAAAUUAAAAAAUAAACAAGCUUUAUCUAGGCUCGAGCUCCCUCUGAGUUUGCAACUAGAAUUUCUUUAUGCAACCAAAAUAAUAGGGAAUUACUGAGUGCUAAAGUAAUUUAAGAAUCAACUACUACAACAACACCACCACAAUAAAAAUAAAAUAACGAUUAAGCUGAAAAAUAAGCAAGUUUCACACCAAUAACUGGUAUAAGAAAAAUUCCAUCUUAACCAAUAAUUUUUCCAUUAGAGAUGAAUGAAAAUAAAAGAAUAUCGCUGAUAGAUAACUCUUAUUCUCAAAGACAAGUCUCAUAAAGUAACCAUAACAACGAAUAGCUUGUUUUGAAAAACUAUUUACACAGAAGAGAAACUCUAGCUGCUUCAUAACUAUAAUAGUAAAAUCAGUUACCUUAGUAAAACAAGCAGCCAGUUAUUUUUGUUGAAACCGAAAACGAAGAAAAAAGAAGACAAUCUAUCUUCCACAAGAUCAACAGUUUAUAAAUAAGCAAAUCUCAACUAAAUUCUCCACAAAUUUAAAUUUCUAUUCAACCAAACGAAUAGCUCAAUAUGUAAAAGCAAAAUAGUCAAAAUAGAUAAAAAUCCAAAGACAAUAGUAGUGGAUUAAAUGAUCUCCACUCUAAUAGAGCCAAUGAAGCAUAUUACAUAAAUUUAAACCAUAGAUAAUCUUUAGUGAGCAAUCAACUACCUUUAUAAAAUACUACAAAUAUUAAUUAUAAUCUAAGCUAACAAACUAUGAAAAGUAGCAGUAACUUACAGCAAGAAGCUUCAAAAUCAAUAAAUAGCCAGAGUUCAUAGUUUAUAUCUCCUCGUCCUAUGCAUUCUCAUAAUCAAUAGCACACUAUGUAAAUAAAUUUAUAUUUCUCUUUAAUUUUAUUUAUAAUUUUUAAAUAUUUUGUUUAUUUUAAAUUAGAAGAAUUGAUUAAAAAGCAGCAGCAGCUAACAUUCAACAAAGCGACUAUUUGGUGA